AACAGAACUUGACUACGCUCGGAAAAUUAGACAGCUGUCAUAUGCCUACUAUCAUAUGUGCUCGCUUGCUCCAGAGCCUUGGUAACAGGUACGGUCCACGAGAGACGGACACGCCAUCAACCUUACACCUUACUAGGAGACUACUUGAAUAAGUGUUUUUCUGUUAUAAUUUCCAUUCGUUGCGGAGGUUUGAUGUUUUGCAGUCCACUGUAACACCUACGCCCAGUUUCGCAAGAAGUUUAGCACUGCAGCUCAGCUAGAGGAGGAGGAGAAAACCUAACAAUUUGUCCUUGCAGUUCUGCUAUUUCUAUCUUUCUCGCUAGGAAAUGGCAUCAGCUUACAGGACCCACCAUGGCGUGUUCGACGUGGAGAAAGGUGGAGUGAUAAAUGCUUUUGCGGAACGAACUAUUCGGCAGGGCUUCGUGCGUAAGGUUUUUGGCCUCCUCGCCGCUCAGCUGGCCCUGACCACCGCCAUCGCCAGCUUCUUCGUUUUCUCCCCUACCGUGAAGACCUACCUUGUUGCCAACCCCUGGAUCCUGCUCGUCUCCCUGAUCGCCUCCUUUGGCAUCAUCCUCACCUUCACCUUCUCCUCCUCUGCCCGCCAGUCGCACCCUCUCAACCUAAUCCUCCUCUUCGCAUUCACAGCCGCGGAGGGCGUCUUAGUGGGAGCCGCCAGCUCCCAUGCCCGCACCGACGCCGUGGUUCUAGCUUUUGGCCUGACUGCCGGCAUCACCGCCGCCAUGGCGAUCUGGGCCUUGACCACUAAGCACGACAUUACCACCAGCGGCUCUGCGCUGUAUGCAGGUCUUCUAGGCCUUAUCUUUGCCGGCUUGGUUGGAUUCUUUGUCCAGACAACGGCAUUCAACAUUGCAGUGUCGGGCAUUGGAGCUGUGCUGUUCAGCAUCUACAUUGCGUACGACGUGCAGUGCCUGCUGGGAGGUGAUCACAAGUACGCCGUAUCACCCGACGAGUACGUGAUGGGAGCUAUCGCCAUUUACCUGGAUGUCAUCAACCUCUUCAUGCACAUCCUGAGACUGCUCAGCAGCAAUCGCGGCUAGGUGGCCAGCGGUGGUGACUUGGUGAUUUGCUAACGACCUUAAUAAUGACUCAACGACUCAAGUUCUCUCUGAAAAGUGGACUGCGGGAGGAGGUAGAUUGCCCGGCGCAGUCUUGGAGUACAUGGAUGGUGUGCGCCUGUAUGCUGCGGGGCUUGGGUGGCAUUUUUGAUGUGGAAGGAUGCGGUCCAUGUAGCCCUUGUCACCAACCGAAUGGCGGCCGACGGAAUAAAGGGGAACGGCCAGCCGAAUGGUGGUGGUUGCCCCAGAAUAGGCGAAGAACUUAUCGCCCAAUUGUAAGAGGUAUGAAGUCGGAGUUGCGAGGUCCUUUAUAAAAAAUCUUCCUGCUUCCGUAUGUGUGAUAAGUGUGGCAACUUGUGUUUACGUUGCUACAGAGCUCAUCCAGGGUGGCUUACGAUUUGCGCUUAGCUUUGGCGACCGGUUUCAGGAUGUAGCAGUAGCCUCACACACACUGACGUGGAUCCUGAGUGUUUCCAGCUCUGCGGCUCGUGGACGCAUUCCCACUGCGUUGCCUUGUGAAGCUUGUAACACGACUUGACGUC